UCUCGCUCCCGCGCCAAUUAGCCGCGCGAGGUGAGUGAUACGCGCCGGCCGAGAGGACGUUAGCCCGCGACCGCCCUCCGGAGCGCACGUACGUCGCAAUCGGCGCACAACCGUGGCAGGUGUCGGUGCCGUGAUGUGCAAACCGUGAAACAGUUCUCCAUAUGUGCUCGCCUUUAACUUCCUUCCUGCUCGGAUAGUCGGAUUCGAAAUUGGAAUUUCACUAUGGGUGAAUCGCUGUUAAAAGAGGAUCCCCUCUCCAGGAUCCAAAGAGAGAUCAUAGAAGUGACAGAGAGAGAACGAGAGUUCAAAGAGGGUCAUUUUAGAAUAAACCGUCUUAUGUCGGAGUCUACCAUCGACGUCAACAAACAGAACGGUCACGUCAACGGAGACGAUGACCACAAGCCGCAGAAAACCCUCAACAGGGCGGUGUCCACGUCGCACCUCAUGGGGCCCGUGACGCCCUCGCCGCCGCCGGCCGCCUCCGUCCUCAACACCAAUGGCUACACGCGCCGCUUCACGCCGCAGACGGGGACCAAGGGAAUCAUGCAACGGUUCAUUGCGAACAAAGGCAAACUACCCGCCACCUCUCCUGUCGGCGGCCCAGUACCCAUGGCCUCGUCCCCGGUCGUGCCUCUAGCCCCGCCUCUGACGUUCCCGACAUCGCCCGUCAUCGCCCCGGCCAUCGUCAGUCCCGCCGUGAUCACCCGCACGCCGGAAGGCAAACCUGUCCGAAAGGGUUACGUGCCCGUUGAGGAAAAAAUACAAAAGGAACUCAGAGACAUGAAAGACAGAGAGCAUGAACUGAAACGCAUGAGAAAGAAACAAAAGCCGUUCGACAUCGAGUUGAGCGACAAUGAAACCAGCUCCGAGUCCGAGGAUGAGGAAAUUCCGCUGCCUGGAAAACUGAAGGCGACCAAAUCUAUCGGAGAAUUAUACGAGGCCCUGAAUGACGAGCUCCGGUCGCCGUCGCCGCGGAACAGCUCGGGCCACGAGUCCAUCGGCAGCCUGAAGCCGGCCAAGUCGCUGGCGGAGCUGUGCGAGCUCAGCCCCGGCCAGGAGUUCCUCGCGCCCAGCUCCACGCGGCUCAUCGCGCAGUGGGAGUCCAUCAUACAACAGAAACAGGAAGCCGGCGCCGCUUAAAUUGUAACAGUUUGAGAAGACGUGAUGGUUCAAUAUGUGUGGGCGUGUAACGCCAAAAAACUCAGUACGUGUAACGUCGCGUGAUCGAUUGUAGCGGGGUUUAAUGUGUGUCAGCGGAUUCGGAUAUGUUACGCGAGAACUCGAUACCUGUGGCCGGCGGACUGAGACGCGUCGCGGGGCGCUCGCGUCUCGCGACGUUUUACUUUCGAAGAAAACAUGAGUGGCACCUAUCCACAUGAAAGUGUAUCAUUUCGGUAUUUCAAGUGCCCGAACAAGUUAAGUUCGGCCGAUCGAUUUCUUUCGCCGAUCGAUUGUGGGGCAAUUAAUUUUCUCCAGAUUGCGAACAAUGCAAAUGAUGGUUAUCCGUAACAGCAAUUAUCUCGUGCAUGCGCGCCGUUGGAAAGCGGCCGAUACUCGAUGCGAACUCGUCUCCCAAGUGUGAGUAAAAUAGUUUCUUCCUAUUGUUUAGCGUCACUCCUCUGCGCUGAAAAACUUAAUGUGUUUUUUGCGGUGGCGCCGCUUUCCCGGCGCGUACGGCACCGCGCGCCCGCGCCGCUGCACGCUGGGAACGCGCCACCUCCGAGUACAAACGCGAGCUCGCGGCGUCAUCUCAAGUGCACCGUUUCCUAAUUCGCCACGGAUCGUUAUUGUUUGCUGUUUCGCCGAGCGUGUUAUUAAAAGCUUGUUAAACGGGCAACGUUCGCUAUGAGUAAAUUUUUGAUAAACUUCAUCGCGUUCAGGCGCACUUACGUCUCUAUCGACGACUGAACGUUGCGAGGCGAUGCUAAUUAUAUCCCACAUGUUUAAACUUUAUCUGCUGCAUUUAUUUCCCCCGUGGUCGUAGAUGUAAUAAUAUUAUUUUUUUAUAUGUUUACAAAUGUAAUUUUGAGGAUUGUCGAAGGAAAGACGCGUGAGUUCGAACUUUCGGGACUAAAAUCGGAGCUGGACUUCGAGUAGUUCAAUAUUACAAUUUGUACUUAAUUAGUUUUUAAUGUUCAUAAAUGGAAGAGUGUAUGUAGUUGCGAAAUAAUUAGAUGAAAAUCGUCACUGAAAUGUAGAAGUGUCAAAUAGUUGUGCCUUAAGUGCCCGAAGGGUGCGGCCGCGGUCUGCAGGCGCGGCGGGAUGAGAAGCUAUGACAAUUUUAUAGUUAACUUAUAGUGCCUAACAAAAUAAAAUAUGUCACUAUUUCUGUGUAUAAAUAUUUAUUACACAUUCUAUUUACUAUUUUCUUUAGCAUAAUAAUAAAUUAGUCAAUUAUCUGUUAAAUGUCGUUUAGAGCAAACUAUACAUAAUAAUUUGAGAUUGAUAGCGUUAAUUGUUGCAAUAUUUUUUACUUGUAGGUAUUAAGUUUGUUUCUUUGUAAAAAGUGCCAGGUGGAUUAUCUAUACACAUAACUUAUUCUGAAAUGCCUUGUGAAUGUGAUGAACUGAAUACAAUUCCUAUACAAAUCGUUUCUAUUCUGCUUAGGAGCUCUGUCAAAAUAAUAUUGUGAUAUGAAAAUUGCCUUAAAAUAUUUGUUAGAGUUGAAAUAUUGUAAAUUAGAUGGCUAUUUAUUCAGAAUGUUUACUCGCGCUCUGCUCGCGAGGUGUUAAUUAUAAUAAGGUUUUCGCAAUAAAUACUUUGUCAAACGAAA